CAACUCGUGACUCCGGGUGUGGUAGUCAGCAUCUUUACUUAAUGAGCUACUUUAAAGAAGAAAAAAAUGCUUUUACACCUAAAACAUUUUUUUUUUAAAUAGUUUUGCAGGUUUAACCUCUUUGCUGUGAUUAUUACAACUUUCUAUAAAUCAUAUUUAUUAUACUGUACACUCAUGACAGUAAACCGAGUGUUGUGUUGAUAAUAAACAAGUUAUUCUCAGAAUCAAACACAGUCUUCUGUUAAAGGUGCACUCAGUAAUUCUAAUCCCAGUGGUGAAUUCUCAGGCGGUUCUCAAUUCUCAAUUAAUCUACAAACAAAUAGAGAAAAACGAAAAGUUGAUCCAGUCAGAAUUUAUUCCUUGAUGCUUACAAGCAAAGUAUGACAACUGUUUCACAAAUCGCAUGCCCAACUCCGAAGCAGCGCGUGAUUCUGAGCUCCACCCUGUCAGGCCUUCAGAAUUUCCACAGAAUCCCUCAACAGUGCAAAUGAAUGGGCAACUAAAGUCAGAUUGUCAGAUUCAUCAGCCAAUCAGAUUGAUUUAUUUGUUCUUGGAUAAUUUCCAAGAGGGAAAUUCAUUAGAAGAGCGACGGCAAAUCUGGCUGACGCAAACUUUCUAAACUCCAAAGAGGCCAAAUGGCUGAAAAACAGACCAAGAGAAAAAGGUCAGACGAAUAUUAACUAAAAAAGAAGAAUUACGAUAAGUCGAGGGCUAGGAACCGCGUCAACAUCGGCGAGGCUUUUCAGCAGUGGAAAGACCUCCGAUAGGUAAAAGGCUUUAAGACGGAUGCAGAAGUUGCUCUUUUUCUUCUCGAUAGGUAGGUAACAUAAAUGUUGCUAUGUUUCACAGAACCCAAAUAUGCUGUUGUUGUGAUGUUAGAUUUAGUAGCAGGAGAGUUGUGAGUGUCUGAGCUGGUGUGUGUAAAACUGUCUCGUCUUCUCUGCAAGUUAUCUUAUCAGUAGCAACUUACUGAAUUCGGGGGGCAGAGCUUCCAAAGGAGCACUGAAGGGAGGGGUGUGUUUGUUUUGGCAGUUGAGCACAAUUAUCAACAGUGUUUCUCAGAAAUCACUGAGUGCACCUUUAAGUCUCUUAGUGAAAACACAUUGUGGGGUAGUCAACCAUUUUUAUCACCUACAAGAGGUGUCUGGGGCAAGUAGUAGAAAUGAGGUGUACUGUUUGAUUAUGGAUUGACUGUAAUUUGUUGCUAAGCCAUAGAAAAAAUCCCAUAUACUUUCACAGUACAUUGAAGGAGGGACCUGAGCCAUAUCAAGGGAACCAGAAAAUCAUAGAGACUUUGGUCAGUAAGCAACCACUCUGAACACCCUAGCAACCUAAUAGCAACACAUUAACAACCUCUCAGAACACCUUAAAAAAAACAUAUACUAACACAUAAACAUCUUAGCAUGGUGGUGGUGAGUUUUGCACAGGCAAGCACCACUCACUAGUUUAUUAAGAUGCCCUUGUACAUUCAUUAGUACCCUCACACAUGCAUAAAAAGUUAGCCAAAGAAUAUUAGUGGCAGCACAUGAUAAUGGUUCGAAUGCUCAUUUUCUUGGUUUCAGUUGCAUUUGCGUUUGAGGUUCAAUUACUGAAUGUGUUACUGAGACAAUGACAAGCAAAGCCAUCAACAACUCUUAUAUCAUCUCUGGAUCUAUCUGGAUAAAAUGGAUACCUUGUAAGAACAGGACACCAAACCCACCUUUUCUUUGGACUUUCAUUUGACUCAUUCUAACAGGCUGGACACUCUAUAAUAAAAUGGUUAUACAAUACCUGAAUGACUUGAUUUCAAGAGCAGCUCAUUUAGAAAAGGGGAAGAACACACUUACUAGACAUAACUUACAACCUGGUGCACAAGUGAUACAUCCAGAUGGAAAAGGCACAGAAGACAGCGCUGAUUGUUUAUGCCCACCAGAGUCCUGUAUCAUUCAACGCUGCUGUGCGGGAUGCAGCCAUUGAGGCUCUGACAGAACAAGGCUAUAAAGUCCUAGUGUCGGACCUCUAUGCUAUGAACUUCAAAGCAUCAGCUACUGCAGAGGACAUUAAGGGUGAUCUAAAGAACUCCGAGCACUUUGUGUACAAUGAGGAGAUGAUUGUUGCAUGGCAAGAUGGUCGCCUAAGUGAUGAUGUCACAGAAGAACAAGAGAAGGUGAAACAGGCAGACCUGAUCAUCUUUCAGUUCCCUCUCUACUGGUUUAAUGUGCCUGCCAUAAUGAAGGGCUGGAUAGACCGAGUCUUAAUUCAGGGAUUCGUCCUUCUCUAUGCAAGGAUGUAUGACAAUGGCAUGUUUAAGGAAAAGAAGGCCAUGCUUUCAUUCACCACUGGUUCAAUGGAGUCCAUGUUUAAGCCUGAUGGCAUCCAUGGAGACAUCAAUGUUAUACUCUGGCCCUUGCAGAAUGGAGUGCUGCAUUUCUGUGGGUUUCAGGUCCUCGCCCCCCAGAUUGUCUGGUCUCCUACAUACUCUUCUCCACCUGUAAGAACAGCCAUGUUAGAUGCAUGGCAGGAAAGGUUGAACGGUCUGAUGGUAGAAAAGCCUCUGUCCUUUGCUCCAUCUGAAUACUUUGACCUUAGUUUCCAAGGCGGCUUUCGUCUUCGACCGGAGGUUAAAGAGCAAUUUGCUUCUCAGUCCUAUGGCAUUACCACAGGACACCAUUUAGGCAAAAUGAUACCUCCAAACAACCAGACAAAAGCUAAACAAAUGGAUUAAUCCACACCAGAUACACAUGCCUCAUUCUAUGUGGUUGUUAUAGAAGAAUGAAGGAGUUGUUGAUGAUAUAUAAAUUACAAUCAUCCAAGAGCAUUAACCAUAUGAUCAAUCAAUCACACUUCAAACACACACUUUUCUGAUAUAUUUGUAUCUGUUAUUUCUCUGUAUAGAUAUAACCAUCUAGGUGUUUUAUUAAAAUGAUACGUUUUGCUUUACUUUUACUAAUGCUUCAAUGUUAUCUAAGGCAUAUUUUCAGAUGUUAACGAUAAACUAAUAUUUAAAAAUA